CUCCCACAUACAUCCACCACAAUGUUCGCGCAAAUCCCCCUACGAGCCCGCGCCGCGGCUCGCACCGUCGCACCGCAAACAACACGCACCUACACAUCCUACAGCUCGCGCGCUGCCGAAAUGCCCGCCCGCAGCGCACCCAUCCGCACGCUCCUGCGCACCGCAAUCCCACGCGCCUCAACCACAGCAGCGCAACGCGCCUCACCCUACCUCACAUCGCAAAUCCACACCCAGACCCAAUCGCAACUGCGUUCGCGCUCCCCUUCACCGGCCCCUCGAUACGAGAUCCGCAACCACUCCAUCCUCGCGGCGCCCAACCAAUGGACACGCUUCUCGACUCCGACCUCGCUGAGCAGCGUGCGCACGUUCACAUCCUCGCCGAAAAUCUCCUGGCCGGCAGCAGACGAAUCCUCGGAAAUCUCGCCCGAGUAUCUGAAAGUCAUCGAAGACCACAUCGAGACCAUCACCGACAUGUUCGGCACGGCGAAGGACGAGUUCGAGAUCGCUUCUGAAGAAACCGACAAGAACACCACCUAUGCACAGGACGACCGCGAGGCAGCAAGGGAGGAGCUGGAUAAGCUGCUGGAGUACUAUGGGCGUGUUGUGAGUGAGGCUGAGGAGGUAGUCGGUGCGGAGGUUAAGAGGAGGGUGGGGCAUCGGAUCAGGGAGUUGAAGGCUGGCGUUGAAGCGCUGGAGGAGAGGGCGCUGGAACACGAUUAGGUCUUCCCUUUGCGCGUGUGCGUAAGGGUUGAGGGAUCGUUGGGGCAUGGGCGGCGUUUGGGAGUGCUUUCGACGAUGCUCUGGACUACUAUUAUCAUCAUCGCGGGCUACAGGUCCAUGUGUAUCAGUACUAGCUGUACAAAAUUUUCCUCCUAUUAUCCAUGCUAUGUGCCAAGGUCUACACACCGGCAUCUUGGUCGUAUAUACAAUG